AUGGAUACCGAACAGCAAUCGUCUAGGAGCAAGGAGGCAAGUUUGCCAGAGAUGGAUCUGAGUUCCGAUAUCUCCGCCAUCGAUGAGCUUGCAGAAAAGAGACUUAUCAGAAAAAUGGAUAUAUACAUCUUGCCUUUCGUGGUGCUUUUGUAUCUAUUCAGUUUUCUAGACAGAGUCAACAUCGGCAAUGCCCGUUUAUACGGCCUAGAGGAGGAUCUGGGCUUGGUUGGCGAUCAGUACCAGGUCGCCGUUUCGAUCCUUUUUGUGACUUACUGCCUCUUUGAGGUUCCGUCGAAUCUAGUCAUCAAAAAGUUGACUCCGUCACGUUAUAUUGCAUCGAUAGCAGUUAUUUGGGGUAUCAUAGCGACUCUUACGGGCAUUGUCCAGAGCUAUGGUGGUCUCAUUGCCUGUCGUGUCCUUCUUGGUGUUGUCGAGGCUGGCCUUUUCCCUGGCCUUAUGACUUAUUUGACACUUUUUUACAGCAAACAUGAGCUUGCUCUACGAACUGGGUACCUUUUUAGCAGUGCCGCUUUAGCCGGCGCAUGCGGUGGUCUCCUCGCCUACGGCAUUGGGUUCAUGGACGGAGUCAGUGGGCUCAGAGGCUGGCGAUGGAUUAUGAUAAUUGAAGGAAUUCCCACCGUUCUCAUCGGAGUCGCAACGUGGUUCUUCCUCGCAGACUCGCCUGAGACGGCUUACUACCUCAAUGCAGAGGACCGGGCUUUGGUUGUCAAGCUGCGUGGUCGUCAUUUUGGUCAUACGGCGUCCGCCCAAAAGUUCCAUUGGGCGGACGUCAAAGAAGGUGCGUUUGAUUGGAGGAUUUACGCGUUCUGUAUCGCCCAGUUUGGUGUUGAUACCAUGCUGUAUGGAUACAGCACCUUUUUACCUACAAUCAUCCGUGGGCUGGGAGACUGGUCGACCCCUGAGGUUCAAGCCCUCACUAUUCCCUGCUACGCACUCGGAGCCCUAGCAUAUCUAGUUGUGGCGUGGCUCAGCGAUCGCACACAGCGCCGUGCAAUCUAUACCUGCCUCUUUGCCGCAAUCUCUGUUGUCGGGUACGGAAUCCUCAUCUCUGACUCUUCUUCUGGAGUGCAUUAUUUUGGCGCGCUGCUUGUUGCAAUGGGAUUAUACGUGGCAGUUGGCCUCCCUUUGGCGUGGUUACCUACAACUCUUCCGCGCUACGCCAAACGUACUUUUGCAACUGGACUUCAAUUGACAUUCGGAAAUGUUAGUGGCGUCAUGUCCCCAUUCCUUUACAAGACCAAUGAAGGGCCUCGCUAUGUACGGGGUAAUGCAGUGACCCUGUCUCUGGUCGGCUUCGCGGGAGUUGUAUAUGGCCUAAUGUGGGUUUACUACCGGUGGAAGAACAAUCGCAGGGACCAAGGCCUCGAAGAUGGCAAAAUCUCUGGUAUGACGGACGAGGAAAUUGAAGAAAUGGGCGAUAGGAGCCCUAGGUUCCGCUAUGCUACAUGA